ACCACCACUCCCACCCCCCCCCUCUCUCUCUCUACCUACCUUUCUCUCUCUAGCAAAAUACUAAGCUCAAAGUCAGCGCCCUAGCUAGUUUCUCCGAGGCGGCGAGAUGGACGGCGACGCAUGGUGGUACCCUGGCGGCGGCGGAGGUGGUGGUAGCAACAACUGGGAUCUUGGCGCUGUCGUGAGGUUUGGGUGCGGCGGGGGACGGGUGAGCCCGGCGGCGGCGUUGCUGGGCGAGGCGUGGGAGUACGACGACGACCCGUUCUCGUCGUUCCUCGCGCCGCCCAUGACGGCGCAGCAGGCGGCGCUGCCCGCCGUGUGGGAGGAGGGAGACGACGGGGACGCGGCGUGGAUGGCGCCGCUCCCGGGGCUUCAGACCGGUGGUGGCUGGGGUGAUCAGGCCCCCAUGGUCGUCGACGAGCUCUGCGGGGCCCUCGUUGUGGCCCCUCCUCCACCUCCGAAGCAACAGGAGGUGCUUCAGGUCCAGCAGCAGCCGCCGCCGGCGGACAACACGCAGCCCACUACCUACCAGCAGGGAUCCGGCGGCGACGGUGAGAGCACUCGCGCCGGCGGAUCAAGGUCGGCGAGGAGAAAGAAGAAGCAGACGAGAAAGGAGGUGGUGCGCGUGGCGGCGAGCGGGCCGGCGCCGGACUUGUGGGCGUGGCGGAAGUACGGGCAGAAGCCGAUCAAGGGGUCCCCGUACCCGCGCGGCUACUACCGGUGCAGCAGCAACAAGAACUGCGCCGCCCGGAAGCAGGUGGAGCGCUGCCGCUUCGACCCCUCCUUCCUCCUCCUCACCUACACCGGCGCCCACUCCGGCCACGACGUCCCCCUCCACCGCAACUCCCUCGCCGGCACCACGCGCCACAAGCCGCCGCCGCCGCCGCCGCUCCCGUCCGCCGCCGACAAGUCUCCGGCCACCGCGGCUGAGGCGGCGACGGCGAGCCAGAGCCCCGGCCUGUCGCCGACCACGCCGCUGCGCGCCUCGUCCAUGGAGCUCCACGGCGAGGACGACGCCGAGGCCGAGCUGCAGGUGGAGGAGGACGACAUGGCCAUCGACGACGAAGACGACGACGACGUCGCCGACGAGACCAUCAGCACCGUGCCGUGGGGCACGCCCAUCUCCGACGCGAUCAUCGCGGCGAGCUACGAGUGGAGAUGACCACCACCACCUCGGCGACCUCGCCGUACAUUGCCAUACAUAGCAAGCAAUUCAGCCGUCUUAGAGAGAGAAAUUAAGGGAAAGAGACAGAAAUUAAAGAGAGAGUUGAAGGGAGCAUCCGAUCCAUGCAGCUAGUAUCUCCAACACCCAGUAGCACUAGUGUUUAAUUACUUAAUUAAUUACUACAAGCACCUAGUAGCGUCUAUUUACAGAACUACCUCCGUUCCAAAAUAAGUGCAGUCGUGAAUAUCCGUACCCAACGUUUGACCGUCCGUCUUAUUUGAAAAAUUUGUGAAAAAUUUGAAAAUA